AUGUCAUCCGGGCACUCAGCAAUUUCAUUACUCUUUGCGCAUAAUCUGGAAAACCCCGGUACGUCACUUCCUUUGAAUCGGUGACAUGGCGGCCGGCACUCUAUACACAUACGCAGGAAACUUCAGAGCCUACAAGAUUCUUGUAGCCGCUCAGUACAGUGGUGCUGACGUGAAAGUUGCCGACGGGUUUAAACUCGGAGAAACAAAUAAAUCCAGCGACUUUCUAAGCAAGUUCCCACUGGGAAAGGUCCCUGCAUUCCAGUCAAAGAAUGGAUUAAACUUGUUUGAGAGCAAUGCUAUUGCUCAAUAUGUGGGUAACAACCAGCUGAGAGGGAGCAGCCCUGAGGCCGCCGCCCAGGUGCAGCAGUGGACCUGCUUUGCAGACAAUGAGAUCCUUCCAGCCGCUUGCACCUGGGUAUUCCCUUGUCUCGGCAUUGUUCAGUACAACAAACAGGACACAGAGAGAGCAAAGGAGCAGAUCCGCACAGCCCUGGAAGUGUUGAACAAUGUUCUUCUGACUCGCACAUACCUCGUCGGUGAGCGCAUCUCUCAGGCUGACAUCAGCGUCGCCUGCAACCUCAUCCAGCUCUACCAAUAUGUGUUGGACCCUGACUUCCGCAAGUCCUUCCCCAACGUCAAUCGGUGGUUCACAACACUGAUCAACCAGAAGGAGUUCAAGGCAGUCGUCAAGAACUUCGCACUCUGCACCAAGAUGGCUCAGUUUGAUGCCAAGAAGUAUGCAGACCUUCACGGAGGGCAGAAGGAAGGCAAGAAGGACAGCAAGAAGGAGAGCAAGAAGGAAGCCAAGCCGGCCCAGAAACCCAAGGAGGAAAAGCCCGCUGAGGCAGAGGAGGCACCAAGACCUGAGAAGAAAGACCCCUUUGCACAGUUCCCCAAAGGGAACUUUGACUUUGAUGAAUUCAAGAGAACAUACUCCAAUGAGGACACAGACAAAGUUGCUUUGCCAUACUUCUGGGACAAGUUUGAGAAGGACAAGUACUCUAUUUGGCAUUGUGAAUACACACAAGACCUGUCUUCUAAGAAAACCUUUAUGGUGUGCAAUCUUGUUUCAGGUAUGUUCCAGCGUCUUGACAAGAUGAGAAAAAAUGCAUUUGGAAGUAUGGUUAUAUUUGGUGGAGACAAUACAAACAGCAUCUCUGGCAUCUGGUUCUGGAGAGGACCUCAACUGGCUUUUGAGUUGAGUGAGGACUGGCAGAUAGACUUUGAGUCCUACAAGUGGACCAAGCUCAACCCGGAUGAUGCCAAGACGAAGACUUUGGUGCAGGAGUACUUCACCUGGGAGGGCAACUUUGAUGGCAAGAAGGUCAACCAGGGAAAGAUCUUCAAGUGAUCAUGUUGCAAACAUUCACUGGGAAAUCAGUGCUGAACAGUUUUACUGUCAUCGAAAAAUGUGAUAAAGAAAAUGAAUAAACAAGGUGUCAAGGG